CCAAAUCUUCACUUCCUGUUGUGUUUUUCUGCCUUUCAAACCAGGAAGAUGGAUUUGUUGUCGAACAAAUGGAUUGUAUAUUUGGCAUUAUGUCUGUUUGUCGCUGGUAUCAAUUGUAAUUCAGUGGAAAACAAAAUUUACGUCAAGCUCAACUACACUGUGCCAUGUGUGCGACUUCUUAAUUCAACCCAUCAAAUAGGCUGCCAGUCAUCUUUGUCAGGCGAUGUUGGAGUGCUCCAUGUACUUGAGUCAGAAGAAAACCUGGACUUUGUGCUUCGAAAUGGCCGCAAUCCUCCUUACAUGGUCAUCAUGGAGUCUUCACUCUUUACCAGAUCCGUCAUGAUGAAGCUGAAGAACGGCUCCAGCAGGGUGGCCGGCGUCGCCGUGGUGGAGCCCACCUCCAACCCGCCGGAUGGCUUCUCCCCUCACACUCGCUGUCCCAACGAGAACACAGGUGUGUACUCAGAGAACUACGGUCCAGGUCUGGCCCACUGCAACACCACAAAGUGGAAUCCCCUCGGCAACGGUUUAUCCUAUGAGGAGUUUGACUUUCCCAUCUUUUCUAUGAAAGACGACAAUGACACACAGCUCAUACGGCAGUGCUACAUGGAUCACAACCGUCCCAUGAAUGGCAGCGACCCUCAGUACCCUCUCUGCGCCAUGCAGCUUUCCUCCCACAUGUCCGCCGUCACCAGCACACCCACCUGCAUGAGGAGAAACAGCAUCAGCUUUAGCAUGAGUAAUGGUCAGCCUGACAUGGUGUGUGAUCCUUUGAGUGACCAGAAUAUUUGGGCCCCUAGUAAACCUUUGAACACCACACAAAACGGCCACAAGGCAAAUGAGAGCGUGAUCAUCGUAUCAGCCAGGCUCGACAGCAGGUCCUUUUUCUCUGAGAUUGGCCCCGGGGCGGAGAGCGCGGCCUCGGGCCUCAUCACCCUGCUGGCGGCGGCUCACGCUCUACGAAACGCCACGCAGGACGCUCAGCUGGACCGAACCAUCUUCUACACUUUCUUCCACGGGGAAACGUUUGACUACAUCGGCAGUUCGAAAAUGGUUUACGAUAUGGAGAAAAAUCAGUUCCCAAUAGAUCUGGACAACGUUCACUCUGUGUUGGAGAUUGGACAGGUGGGAUUGCAUUCCAGCUCCAACCUCUGGCUCCACACGGAUCCGGUCUCUAUGAGGAACAGCAGCAUUCAGGAAGAGGUGAAGAACCUGAUCGCCAACCUGAAGUCAGCCGCUGCAGGUUUAAACGUCUCUGUGACGGAACCCGGCGUCACCCAGCCGCUGCCUCCUUCGUCCUUCCAGAGGUUCCUGCGAGCCCGGCCGUUCCCCGGCGUCGUUAUUGAGGACUACAACUCCAGUUUCUCCAACAAGUACUUCCAAAGCAUGUUUGACAACGCAGACAGUUUGAACGUCUUGUACCCCCCGAACCUGACGCCAGAGGAGCAGCUGAACCACGUCACGAACACCGCAAAGUCUCUGGCUGAAGUGGCGACCACGGUGGCUCGAGCUUUGUUUAUUCAGGCUGGGGGAGAGAAAACGCAGAUCAGCAGUAUUAAAGCAGACGAACUCAUGGUGAGCCGAAUGCUGUACAGUUUCCUCAUAUCGUCGAAUAACUCCUGGACCCAAGAGAUCGUAGGCCUAAAGGACGUUGUUCAUCUCAACAACAACACAGUGAACUUCUACAUCAGUGUGGAGCAGCAGGCCAGCUUACCGACUAUUCUCGUCAAGUACCUGUUGGCUAACCUGACUGGGACCGCCGUCAACGUGACGCAGGAAAACUGCAAGAAUCAGAAAGAGAGCGAAGACGACAAGGAGAGCAAGCAUUUGUACAACUACUUCUGGGUUCCGGGAGCAGCGCCCCCUAACAGUACAGAGCGAGACGGAUUCUGCGUCCGCUCCACGGUGCAUUGGUCCAGAGCCAUAUCCCCGGCCUUCCUGAUGGAGAACUACACCACCAGCGAGUAUUCGACAUGGACAGAGUCCAGGUGGAAGGAAAUCAAAGGACGCAUAUUCCUGGUGGCCAGCCACGACCUGGAGAUGCUGACGCUCGGCGUGGGGAUCGGCGUGCUGCUCUCCUCCCUCCUGCUGACCUACAUCAUGAGCUCCAAGGCUGACAUCCUCUUCAGUUCGGGGAGGGAGCCCACCAGCGCCACCUACUGAUCCGCAGGGAGUCGUCUCCGGCCCGCCACCACUACACUCCUCCUCCUGCUACUACAAUAACCGCUAGUACUACUUCUGUCCCACGCAGACUUUAAAACUCGGCAAGCGAAGGUACACAGACGGCUUCGCCUCGGCUGAACGCGGGGCGCCGGUUCUGACUCCAUGUUCAUGGACUCGCUCAGGUGAGGCUUGACGUCAGGACCGGAUGGAUCUGGACUCUUCAGGAACAGGAAACACUGGUCAGGCACCAGCGGCGCCCUGUCAGUGGACAAGAUGUUUAUAUUUCUCUGGAUCUUUUUGUUUUUUUUGGUUUUCACCCUUUUAAUGUCAAGGAAUGUUUUUGUUUACUGUGUCACGGGACCGGCACAAAACAGUGAGCGUGUGAGAAGCUGCCUGAUUGAUUUAGAAUAAUUUUGAGUGCAGGUGUGUGUGUGUGUGUGUGAACUUUGGGGAUUGCAAUGGUAUGUGCAAUACUGUAGCCGUCUUCUGUGUAAAUGUAGUUAAAUUAUCAGUUGUAAUGACUCAAAAACCACUUUUCGAGCCAAUGAUCUGUUGGCAAAAAUCAAAUUUAUGCUUUAAACUGACCUAGAAAGGAUGAUGUUAGGACAUUUAUACUGUUUAUGCCACUACAUGUACAUGUAGUGUUUUAUUUCUUUUAACAUUCGAAGGGGAGAAGAUCUUGAUUCAGCUGGAAAAAAUCUGGAAAUUUUGAGUUUUAAUACUGAAAAUGUUCCUGGUACUUUUGCUCUGCACUCCCUUGAAUUCCUUUUUUUUUUUUCCAACAAUCUUAGAAUAACUUUUUGGAGAUUUUGACCAUUUUGUAGAUGAAAUGCCUGGAAUAAAACACGCAUUGUGAGAUCUUGAAGACAAAAAAAUAAAUAAACAAACAUUUGCUUCUUUUUUUUUUUAAUUCCAAGGCUUUGCGUGUGUCUUGCAUGUUGCAGCUAUUUGAAACAAAUCCUUUACGCUGAUAGUAGCGCUUUGUAAACUGCAGUAAUAAUACUGUGGCUUCUGUUUUACCACAUAACCCAUAAAAACUGUCGUUUUAUUAGAACUUACAAGUUUUCCAGCUCCCUUUAUAACUUUGUGGACACAGGAUUCCCGUGGCCACAUCCAAAGCGGCCCGUUAGUUAGCAGCUUUCGCUGACGCCUGCUUGUUUUAAUAGGAUUAAUAUUUUUGCGAGAACAAGGCGGCAGUGUUGAUGAUCUGCGGGGAAACGGUCGCCAGGACGACACAACGCUGCCCGGGUUGGCUAACGAUUCAACAACAGACUCACUUUUGAUACGCGGAUCAUCGUGUGUCCAACUUCCUUGCACAACAUGAAUGUUCUUUUCAAACCCUUUCCUCUCCAGAACGUCUUAAUGUUUUGUUUACAAACUGUCAGGUCUGAUCUGGAUCAACGGUUUUUCAGUCUUUCUGAAGUUUUUUUCUGUUGAUUUUCACUCAUUUUUGAGGAGGAGAAUUUCUCUUGAUGGGGUCCCUACUUUACAUUUCUACUUCUAGUAAGAUUACUUAAAAUUUCUGACAUUAAACUACCAAGUAUGUCUAAAAUACAGCAUGUUAAUGGGAAACUUUGUGUCAAAAUCAAAAUUCAAGUUUGACCCGCCUACAUAAAUAAAUGUUGCAGUUCAUUGAUGAUUGCAAUACAUUGUUCUUAAAUAAAGAGCAAUACAUUACAUAGAUAAAAAAAUAUUAAAAUUCAUAUUAAACAAUAAUAAGAUUCUUUUGGGCAGUGAAGACAGCACAGCAUGUUUACUUAGAGUUGGGUCUAUCUCAUACUGUAUAAUAAAUGCAACUGCUCUUUUAUUUAGAAACUACCAAGCAUAUAUAAUUGACUAUUGUGAAUAUAUAAAUAAAUGAAAAAUACAUA